UCGCCGUCCACCUGGGCGCCGCGCGGGGUGCCUGCACACAGGGGACAGGGGAGGCCCCUUGCCAAACACUUGCGGAUCGCGACGCACCGCCCUCGACGGCCACGUCGACAGCUGCGCCUCACAGUGGACGGAUAAUGAAUCACGUCCGCCGCCCGCGGAACCGUGUGGCAAUUCCCUUGAGCGACAAGUGACACCGGAAUUUACCGCAGUUACCAAUUCUAUCGGACAGAAGUGAGACACAGUCCUUUAUUCUGUUAAUCGCACAUACAGAGCCGAGUUAGUGUGCCGCGCUUGGAACUAAUUGUCUUCCGUAGCAGCGCACACGACUAACAUGAGCGAGGAAGAGGGCGGCGAGGAGCGGAGUGCGUGCGCGGUGUGCGGCGGGCCCGCGCAGGAGGCGUGCGCGCUGUGCGAGCAGACGUCGUACUGCGGGCCGCAGCACCAGAGGCAGCACUGGCCGCUGCACCGCGCGGCCUGCUCGCCGCUGCGCGUCGCCACGUCGCCGCAGCUCGGCAGGUACCUGGUGGCGACGCGCGACCUCAAGGCGGGUGAGCUGCUGCUGAAGGAGCAGCCGGUGGCGGUGGGCCCCCGCGCCGGGGGCGGCGGCUCGCCGCUGUGCCUGGGCUGCUGGAGGCGGCUUCCCACGCCGCCCCCCACCUGCCCGCGGUGCUCGGCCGCGCCGCUCUGCCCCGGCGGCACCUGCCAGCACGAUGACUCCGAGUGCUGCGCGCUGCGGGAGGCCGGCGAGGCGGGGGCGCGGCUGCUGCGUGCGGGGGUGGAGGCGGUGCUGCCGCUGCGCUGCCUGCUGCUGGCGGCCGCCCGGCCAGAGAACUGGCGCCAGCUGCUGCAGCUCGAGGCGCACGCCGAGCGCCGCGGGCCCGGCACCGCCGUCUGGAGCCACAACGACGCCACCGUCGUGCAGCCGCUGAAGGAGGCGGGGCUGCUGCGCGAGAGCGAGGAGACGUGCCAGCGCGUGUGCGGCGUUCUGGACGUGAACAGCUUCGAGGUGCGCGCGGCCCACGGCGGCCGCGACCAGCUGCGCGCCGUGUACGCGCGCGCCGCGCUCAUGGCGCACGACUGCGUCGCCAACACGCACCUCGCCGUCGACGACAACUUCGUCAUGACGGUGCACGCCGCGCUGCCCAUCCCCAAGGGCGCCGCCGUCUGCUUCAACUACACCAACGUCCUGCAGGGCACGGCGGAGCGGCGCGAGCACCUGCUGGAGGGCAAGUACUUCGAGUGCGGCUGCGCGCGCUGCCGAGACCCCACCGAGCUGGGCACCCACCUCAGCUCGCUGCGCUGCCCGCGCUGCCGGAAGGGACUCGUCUGCGCCCUGCAGGACCAGCCGAACGUAUGGCGCUGCUCCGACUGCGGGCGGUCGUUCUGCGGCGGCAUGGCUCGCUGCGCGCUGUGGUGCGCGCGCGACGCCGUGGAGGCGGCGCUGGAGGCGGCGGAGGCGGAGGACGAGAGCGGCGGCGCGCGCGUGCUGGAGGCGGCGCUCCACCGGCUGGGCCACAGCCUGGCGCCGGACCACGCGCUCCUGCUGCAGCUGCGGCACCACCUGGCCGGCCGCUACCGUGCCGCCGCCAUCGCCGCCUCCGCCACCGGCGCGCAGCUGCCGCGCAAGCUGCUCGCCCGCCAGGUGCAGCUGUGCCGCGGGCUGCUGCCCCUGCUCGCCAUCGUCGAGCCCGGCAUCUCCAGGCUCAGGGGCAUCGCACUGUACGAGCUGCAGGGACCUCUGGCGGAGCUGGCUCGGCGCGAGCACGCAGCCGGGGAGUUGAACCUGCAGCAGCUGGUGGAGCGGCUGGAGGAGGCGGAGGCCGCGCUCAAGGAGGCGCUGGCGGCGCUGCUGUUUGAGCCCGCGCUCUCCCCAGAGGGCCGGCUGGCGCGCGCCGCCAUGCUGGAGCUGCGCGACUUGCGCCAAGAGAUCCACGACUUCAGGAGGGAGGCGCAGCCGCGGCCGAAGCACCCGCAGCGCAAAGACAGGCUCCGCCACAAGUAGCUGCCGCUCAAUGCGCAGCAUCGGGCUGCCUACCGCCGCCAUACUGAUAAGUUUUUGUGGGAAGACUUUGUUGCUUAAAUUAGGUGAAUGCCAACUCCACUAGCAAACUUGCAGAUUCCUGCCAAAUUAAAAGAGCGUACCAGAGGGGAGGGCUCAGUUCUCCGUAUUAGUCUUUCAUUACAAAGAUCAUGUGUCAGGAAGUUUCAUUAAAAUGCACACUCUGUUGAAAAGUGCAGCUGUUACUUGUACGAAGCUCUCAGAAAGCGGCAAAGCCAUUAUUUUCAGAUAAAUCUCCUGUAGGAGAAUUUUAAGAGGUAACUGAAAGAGCAGUGCAGAGAUACUUCCAGAUUAGAUCCUCUAGAUGGGCUUAGCAUAUUUCGAUUGUUCAUAUGUCCCCCAAAAGGCCAAGGUACCAGGUUGAAUCUCCAACUGGAACUCGGUUUUUUUCCACAGUAAAAUUUCAUUCCAGCAAAUACUUCACUUCAGAGUGGAAAAUUCAUUAUGACAACUUGUAACAUUAGUCUCAAUGGCGGUUUUGACACAUUGUACCAUACUCCUCAAGACACUAAUUAUACUGGAGAUUCAACUUGAUCUGCAACUGCCAACAGCUGCCCACAACUCAUGCAGACUGGUCAGAGCUGAGUCCAACAGGAUCACAUAUCGCUUGAUGGAGCCAAUAUUGUGCUCAACAAGAUUCAGCCUUAAUGAUCUGAAGGGGGCCGUACAAACACUCUCAUAGCUGUGGAGUGUUUCUGAAACCCUUCUGCUGAAGAUAAUAUUUCAUGCCAGAUUAAGAAUAUAAAGAAAAAGAUGCAUGUAACCUGACAGUAUGGUACGCUGAUGAGACGUCGGCAAACAAUGAAUGUAGCCCAUAAAUUAGCUGACCUCUGUUAUCAAGAAAUUGAUGUCUAAGGUAGUCGACUCUAGUGGCCUCAGUUUUCCUUCGUUCAAGCAUCACAAGAUACAUUCUUGACAAAGUAAUGGGUGAAAAGACAGUGCUUGCAUAACUUUGUAGAUGGAAUAUUCCACGCCAUUUGCAUUUAGCGUUAUAUGAGUGUGAUUUAUUGAUGGAGGCAGGGAAUGGAGGAUGACAAUGAAAAUUUGUGUAUCUGAUGACGACUGAAUAGGCUGCUCCUUCCCCUUUUACUUCUGAUGUCUUUUCUGUGGGAAAGAUCAUAAUCGUCAGAAUGCAAUACACAUGUAUACCACACAAACAAUUCGACAUUUACUGCAAAGAUGUUAUGAACAGAAGAAAUGUGUACGAUUAGAGUUCAGCAAUAGCGGAGCUAUUAGAGUAUGGGGACGAAGACCUCCAUCGUUCUUCUUAAGUAAACAAACUGGUCAGUUGCCCUAGCUUUCUUAUGUAGACAAACUGCUCACUUGAACCCUAGUUUUGUUUAUUUAGGUCUUACUUAAUGGGCAAUAACUGUCAUAAUUAUCAUUACAAUUUUCAUAAUUUGUAGCCAACGUGGCAGUUGAAUAGUGUACUUGUGCUCAUGCUUACCCAGGUAUCCAAAAGUUGUAACUGUCGUCAUAAAGAUGGUAAUGCAUGAUUUAAAAAUGUCACCUCCCUUCCUCCACUUACGCACUGUGCUCCCAUUGGUCUAGCACCCACCGCUGCUGCCCUUAGUGUCCCCAGAAUCCUGAGAGGGGGCUUGGCAUUCUUGGUCUAUAAAUUGCUGAAGCAACAGCACCACUUUGAAGCCUCAGACAUCGUCCUCCAUUUACAAGGAGAACAAGUCGAAGAAAAAUGUUUCAUUCAAAUGUAAUUAUUAAUUAUUCCAUCUCUCUCUCUCUCUCUCUCUCUCUCUCUCUCUCUCUCUCUCUCUCUCUAUCUCAUUAUUACAUUAGUAUUAUUGCUAUUAUUAUUUGUCAUUUGGUAAUAUUUUAGUAAUUUUUAUUUGUCCUGUGUUGGAGUAGACUCCCAAUGAUAAUGCACUCGAGAAGCUCGGCUUAUGGCAGCUAUUCGAUUUUCCACAGCACUUACCAGAUUUGUCGAGCUUCAGGGCUCCACCACCUGUUUCAUUCAACUUCGAGGCUCCAGCACAGCAGCAACGACAGUAGCUGUAACAGCAGCAAUGGUCUGCAAGCAACACAUUGCAGGGCGAUAUAAGAGAACAUCUUCUCUGACCAUGUUUUAAUUAACACCAUCGUUGAUGUAGACAUCACCACAUGUGCAGUUACAAUGGCACACAGCGCAUAUAAAGUGUUUCUACUCGCAGUUAUGUGUAGUCUAAAUGUGAGUGGCAGUAAACAUGUAGUUGGGCACGUCCUCUGGUCAUGAGUUCAGUACUCAAUUUAGUGGUAAGAGUGUUAGGCCUUCAUCAAAUGUGGUAGUUUGUGAGAAUUUCUCACAGGCAGCUUCUCUGUUCAAUAAUCAAACUGCAUUCCCUGUCUUAUUGGGCUGUCACACAGUGUUUGUCAGUGACUAUCCAAAAUAAUUAAAAUUUACAAUGAUGAGGAUAGGUUAACUUAGUGUGUGCUGGUUCUGCCAUCCAGUGUUCAAUGAAUGAUCGUGUCUGGUGGUGAAAUUAUGUGUACAGAUUUUUUUAGCAAUGUUUGAUGUGCACUUUCAAAGCAGACUAAUGAGAACACUUCUGGAAUAUGUUCACAAAAAACAUUGAAACAUGUUGUGAUGCUGUAUGCAGCAUAUAUUGUGCAUCACUGCUACCUGAUGUGGGCAAAGAAUGUGACUAUACUUAUCUUCGCAUUCUCCAGAAAGUUAUCUGAAAUGAAAAGAUAAAAUAAUUGACCUGUACUUUAUUUCAGGUAAAUAUGCAGUGCCUUUGUAUUUCAACCAAUAGCUUACUUGCACUAAGACAAAUAAAUGGGUGCCUCCAUUCCCAACUGACUCUAAGCUACAUAACGGCUAUGCAAUUUUAUGUGCAUUUUGACUAGCCAGUAAAUGUGAUACAUUUUUGUAGAUAAAAAGAUCAAGAGAAAAUUAUAUGUAUUUGAUAAUUUCAACUUUAUUCAAUAGAUAUGUAGUAAUUCUUUUGUUCAGAGAUAUAUAGCACUGGCUGUAAAUUACAAAGAUAUAUUUUGUUUUAUUUUAUGUUUUCAUGACUAGAUACUAAUGAUUAGAAAAAAACAUUACACAGUCCAUUUCACAGA